AUGGUAUUUCUCCGCUCAGUUUCCCGGCUUGCCCGCCCAGCCUCCUCCAUCCUUUCCGCUCGCGCUGCUCCUAGGGUGUCUGCGGGAGCUUCUUUCGUCCGUCAGCCGAGUGCCUUCAGAACGCUAACGGCGAGUGCAUCGCAACAGGGCAAAGUCCUUCUUGUACUCUACGAUGGCGGGGAGCACGCCGAGCAGGAGCCGCAGCUUCUGGGAACGACGGAGAACGAGCUGGGCCUGAGGAAGUGGAUUGAGGAGCAGGGCCACUCGCUCGUCACCACGUCCGACAAGGAGGGCGAGAACUCCAAGUUCGACAAGGAGCUCGUGGACGCGGAGGUCAUCAUCACAACGCCCUUUCACCCGGGCUACCUGACCGCAGAGCGCCUUGCGAAGGCCAAGAAGCUCAAGCUUGCCGUCACUGCUGGCAUCGGCUCCGACCACGUCGACCUCAACGCCGCGAACAAGACCAAUGGCGGCGUCACCGUUGCCGAAGUCACGGGCUCCAACGUCGUCUCGGUCGCCGAGCACGUUGUCAUGACCAUUCUCGCCCUCGUCCGCAACUUCGUGCCCGCCCACGAGCAGAUUGAGGCCGGCGACUGGAACGUCGCUGCCGUCGCCAAGAACGAGUAUGACCUCGAGGACAAGGUCGUCGGUACCGUCGCUGUCGGCCGCAUUGGCGAGCGCGUGCUGCGCCGUCUGAAGCCCUUCGACUGCAAGGAGCUGCUCUACUUCGACUACCAGCCGCUGUCCCCCGAGAAGGAGAAGGAGAUUGGCUGCCGACGGGUUGAGAACCUCGAGGAGAUGCUGGCCCAGUGCGACGUUGUCACCAUCAACUGCCCGCUGCACGAGAAGACCCGUGGCUUGUUCAACAAGGAGCUCAUCUCCAAGAUGAAGAAGGGCUCCUGGCUCGUCAACACCGCCCGUGGCGCUAUCGUGGUCAAGGAGGAUGUCGCUGAUGCGCUCAAGUCCGGCCACCUCCGCGGAUACGGCGGUGACGUCUGGUUCCCGCAGCCCGCGCCAAAGGAGCACCCGCUCCGAACUGCCAAGAACCCAUGGGGCGGAGGCAAUGCCAUGGUCCCGCACAUGUCUGGUACCUCGAUCGAUGCCCAGAAGCGAUACGCCGCCGGCACCAAGGCCAUCCUCGACUCGUACUUCUCCGGCCGCGAGGACUACCGACCCGAGGACCUCAUCGUCCACAAGGGCGACUACGCCACCAAGGCGUACGGCCAGCGUGAAAAGAAAUAA